AUGAGCUUAUCUUUAUUCACAUCUCUCGUCUUGAGUCUUUGUAUCUUUUUACCAAACUUGAUCUUAGCAGACCACCCAGCCCAAAGUGCACACGUAUAUUGGCGUUGGAAAGAUGAAGGAAACUCAAAUGCAUGGGACCAUAGUAUCUUCACAGGACAUGCAACAAUCACUUGGACAAGAAAAGGAGGUUGUUUGAAAACAGGCGAAACAAAAAAUUUCAUUACUGAGAUCACUACUGAUCCAGUUCAAAUCACAGCAGAAACUAAAAACAAAAGUGGAGAUUAUAUGGAUCCUAAGAGUGUUGUUCAUUGGGCUCAUGGCAAAGAUACCAGUGCUGGUGCUUGUGACGCUUAUUCGAGGUCUGAUUUUUGGGUUUAUAAUCGAGAUCGAACUCAGAGGAUGAAGAUCCGAUUACCUGAUAUCUGUAAUGAUAACAAUUGUAAAGGUCCAGACAAAGAGAGACCGAAUGUUCAAUGUUUGAAAGGUCCAAAAGGAAGGGUUGUCAUGUACCUGGACAAAUGGAUUGAUGAAUGCUUCGAACGUUGA